UCCUAAUUGUUCAAUGAUGAGAGUGAAACGCUAUGAUGAUCUUCUAGAAGAGCUGAUCAGGGAAAUCUUGCUGAGGCUUCCGGCAAGGACGCUUGUUUCCUUAAGGAGCGUCUGCACUUCAUGGAGAAACCUAAUCUCCGCCCCCGACUUCACCUGGAACCACCUUCGCCGUUCAUGCUUACGCGAUCCAAGUUUGACUCCGCUACAAAUUGCUUAUUACUGUAGAUUCCCAUCCGUCGGUAUGAGAGUUCUCUCCGUACAGUCAAUGAUGGAGAAUCCUUCUGAACCUACCAGACUCGAUUGCUUCAGGGGACCAAGCUACUACAGCAUGGUUGGUUCUUUCCAUGGAUUGUUAUGCAUGUUUGAUGACGACGGCAGUUUUAAGAUCAGUCAUGCCAUGUUGUGGAACCCCUGUACCGGAUUCACAUUCAAAUCACCGGAAAUCAGCGGUGUAGCCGACGUUCGUGGCUUUGGUUACGAUCAUCUCAGUGACACCUACAAACUUUAUGGAAUUUUUAAGAAGGAAGGGCCAUCUGGUAUGGAGUCUAGUACCAGAAUUUAUACAUUUGGGCCAACUUCGUCAUGGAGAAGAAUUGAUGAUAUCCCAUUAGUCGUACUUGGUGUCCCAACUGACGACCUUUGUACUUUUGGUAAUACUACCGGGGUAUUUUUUGGUAGUAAGAAAGCAUGCACUAUUAAUUGGAGUAUUCAACAUGUGGUUCUUUAUUUUGACUUGGGUAAAGAGACUUAUGGUCAUUUUACCCUGCCUGUUAGGGAGUCAGGUUACUGCACCCACUUAUCUGUCUUGAGAGACUGCCUUUCUCUUUGUUAUGAGGAUACGACAACACGACGUUGGAUUAUGUGGCAGAUGAAGGAAUACGGGGAUCCUCAAUCUUGGACUACAUUGGCAAUGAUUCCCUUCCACCCGCGACUCCGUUUUAUGAGACAUCCUUUACGACCUUUACGACCUCUCUACAUCUCGGAAACUGAUGUACUUUUGGCCCUUUCUUCAAAUUUCCAAAUGAUUUUAUAUAACUUAAAUGAUGGCAGCGUUGAUUUUCCUGUGAUUGACAGCUCCAAUGAUAACCAUCAUUCUUUGACUAAUUCUUAUCAUUAUACGCCGAGUUUUCAUAUCUACCAUGAAAGCUUGGUUUCCCCACAUGGUCUUCAAAGCAAUUCAUCCCAAGUGCUGCUACGCAUCAUGAAACCCAAACCCAAGCCUAUUAUCUCUUAAAGCCUGUGUGCACCUUCUCUUGAUUAUUUGUUAGUAAUAUAUAAGCCCAAAUUGAAGUGUCAAUGAGGAUGCUAUCACGGUUCAAACAAGAACCGAGUUUGAAACACUAGUUGUCGCCGCAAUCAUCUCAAGUCGCUGCACAUG